GAACACUUUUUGUCAGUGGAUUGCCAAUGGACGCAAAACCCAGAGAACUAUAUCUAUUAUUCAGGGCCUAUGAGGGUUAUGAAGGAUCACUCUUGAAAGUUACAAGCAAAAAUGGCAAAACGGCAUCGCCCGUUGGUUUCGUGACAUUUCACACACGCGCUGGCGCCGAAGCAGCUAAACAAGAUUUACAGCAGGGUGUCAGGUUCGAUCCAGACAUGCCGCAGACAAUCCGCCUCGAGUUUGCGAAGAGCAACACUAAAGUCAGCAAACCGAAAUCUCAGCCGACAGUCGCCACCACAGCGGCUGCACACCCAGCACUAAUGCACCCACUUACUGGCCAUCUGAGCGGGCCGUUCUUCCCCGGAGGUCCGGAAUUGUGGCACCACCCGUUGGCGUACAGCGCCGCGGCGGAGCUUCCCGGAGCAGCGCUGCAGCACCAUGCCGCCCUCGUCCAUCCGGCGCUGCACCCACAGGUGCCAACGCAGAUAUCAUUACCGCAUCCGACGGCUCUGACAUCAAUUCACGCGUCGUUGCCGCACUUUCUGCCAUCUCCGGCGCUGGCGUCGCCCGUCGGCUCCUGCGGCUCCCAGCCGGCGGUCGCCUCCAACGCUCCCUGCUCAACUCUAUUCGUUGCAAAUCUCGGGCAGUUCGUAUCGGAGCAUGAACUCAAAGAGAUAUUCAGCAGUUUCCCUGGCUUCUGUCGCCUGCGCAUGCUGCACUCUAAAGGCGGCGCGCCCGUCGCAUUUGUCGAGUACCGCGACGUGGCGGGUGCCGCCAGCGCCAUGCAAGCGCUGCAGGGAUCGUUUUUAUUGUCGAGCGACCGUGGCGCCAUCCGCAUUGAGUAUGCCAAGUCCAAGAUGGCAACCGAAGCAGGCCUGUGCGCCGCGGCCGCCGCCGGCACGCACUGGGAGCACGACGAU